UUCACCUGAGACUUAACUCUUGACUCUACCUGAACUGACGCCUGCAGACGGGAUGCAGUAGAGCGUAUCGAGCUGCACGAUCUGUUGACUGACAUCGGCCUCUGACUGCAGAGAUGGACCCCAAACCCAGGAAAGCCAAACUCAUGUUCGGCCUGAAAGUGAAGAAGAAGAAGAAAGCAAACAAAGACCUGGUCCUGGCAAACAAGGGAGCUGUGGACAGUGAAGCGGAGGCGCUGACUGAAGAAUCGUCCCUGCUAGAAGGAGACAACAUCGAGGAACAACCAGGACCCUCUGAAAUCAGAACCAGAAUCAAACCCGACACUAAGAGGGCCAAACUGAAAACUCGCAUCCAGCAGAGUGAAGGGAAACCACAGAGCUUUCAGAUCGCCGUCAACAUCACAGAGGCGAGGCAGCUGGUGGGAGAAAACAUUGACCCCAGUGUGGUGAUUGAGAUCGGUGAUGAAAAGAAACAGACGUCGGUUAAGGAAGGAACCAACGCUCCUUUUUUCAAUGAGUAUUUUGUUUUUGACUUCUUUGCACACAAGGAAGUGUUUUUCGACAAAGUCAUCAAGCUAACGGUGAUUCACUCGAAAAUGUUGAGAAGUUUCUGCAUUGGGUCCUUCCAGCUGGACGUGUGGACCGUCUACAAACAGCCAGGUCACCAGUUCAUCAAUAAGUGGGCGAUGCUGAACAAUCCAGGUGACAUCAGCACUGGGGUCAAAGGUUAUGUGAAGUGUGAUAUCAGUGUCUCCGCCAAAGGUGAUGCCAUGCAACCGGGACAGAAAGCAAGCGAUGCUGACGAGCAGAUAGACAAAAACCUGCUGAUACCAGAGGGUUUCCCAUCCGAGCGACCCUGGGCUCGUUUCUACGUGAAGGUGUACAGAGCUGAAGGCCUUCCUCGGAACAACUCCAGCAUCAUGGCCAACGUCACCAAGGCUUUCAUCGGGGACAACACCGCGCUCAUAGACCCAUAUGUGGUGGUCAGCUUCUUCAAACGAGUGGGUCGGACGUCCACUCAGAAGUCCACAGCAGAUCCAGUGUGGAACGAGCAGAUCGUCUUCACCGAGAUGUUCCCCCCGCUGUGUCAGAGACUGAAGAUCCAGGUCUGGGAUGAGGGGAGCAUGAGCGACGUCGCAAUAGGAACCCAUUACUUUGACUUGAGACGCAUCUCCAAUGAACAGGACGGGGACAGAGGCUUUUUACCAACUUUUGGUCCCGCUUGGAUCAACCUGUACGGCUCUGCUCGCAACUUUUCAAUCGGCGACGACACAGUGGAGCUGAAUGAGGGCAUCGGAGAGGGUGUGUCCUACAGGGGCCGUGUCUACAUGGAGCUGACGGUGGAGAUCCUAUCAGGUGGGACAGGCUCGGAGUCCAAACUGAGCAAAUUGGUCAAGUCAGUGAAGGAUCCCAAAGCAGGAAAAGCAGGAGGGAAGGAUGGAAAGACGGCUGCAGGAGGAGGAGCGGGAGGAGCAGCAGGAGGAGCAGCAGAUGAUGACAAAGGGAAGACUGUGGCAGCAGAGGUGAUGCCUGUGGAAGCUCCUCCUGAGAUGAAGGCAGAAAACCAGGAACGAUUCAUUCUGUUCGGGGCGGUGUUUGAAGCCACCUUGAUCGACAGGAAGAUCGGAGACAGACCAAUCAGCUUUGAGUUCUCCAUGGGUAACUUUGGGAAUAUCUUGGAGCCUUCUGCUGCGCCCGCCCUGAGUCCUUCUGUCAGUCGGAGGAGAAGCCCCAGAAGUCCCAGAGCGCUGGACGUCCCAGACAGCGGUAACCUGCUCGGCACCUCUCCUCGCAGCUCCUCCCCAUCCUCCCCUCUUUUACCCCGAGAAGUCAAAGAAGACCCCCCCUUGACCUCCAAGUCCACCACGCCUCCAGAGAAACCGCUAAUCGUGGACGGAAACAAGUACUACAUGUAUCUUCCUCUGGAGAAGCAGAAGCCUUGUAUCAAUGUGCUCGGUCAGUGGGAUGACAGGACCUACCGACUGUACAACUCCAACAUGCUGGAGAACAUCGCUGUCCUGUUUGAGGAGGGCGUGGCCAGUGCAGCCGAGCUACACAAGAAGUCAGAUCCAGGGGCGGAGCCAAUGCUCAAAAUCGUCCUCAAAGAGUUUUGUAUGGACGCGAGGAGUUUCAUCACAGCAGCCGAGGCCAAGCUGAAGGCUGAGCUGAAGUCAAGCUUCCUCACGCAGCUGGACAAGAAACGCCUCACCAUGUGUAAACAGGAACUGGAGAGUAUGAUAGGAGAUGCUCAGAGCCUGGGAGACAGGAAGAGAAAAGUGGGCGGAGUGAAAGAAACGCUGCAGAAUGCAACGAAACUCACACAGAAACUACGCUUUCUUGUGGUGGAGCCUCAGCACACAGUUCCAGACCUCUUUGUGUGGCUGCUGAGCAACAACAAGCGUGUUGCAUACGCUCGGGUCCGAGCCAGAGACCUGCUGUUCUCCAGUGACCAGGAGGCCCGGGGAGUCCACUGUGGCAAGAUCAUCACACUGUUUCUGAAGCCUCCAGGGAAGCGUGUUGCAGGCUUGUCAGUCCAAGCCAAGCUGGAUGUGUUUCUGUGGUUUGGAAAAUAUGCCGACUCAAUCCACAUGCUGGAUGACCUACCUGCAGGGUUCCAUCCUGCCACAGGGGGAGCCGACGCCAGCAACCCUCCAAAACGCCUUGUCAGCGCAGAGCAACAUCAGUUCCAACUGAGGUGUCACAUGUAUCAGGCUCGUGGGCUGAUUGCUGCCGACAACAGCGGCCUGUCGGACCCUUUUGCCCGAGUCACCUUUCUGUCUCAGAGCCAAACCACCAACAUCAUCAGUCAGACUCUCAGUCCAACAUGGAAUCAGUGUUUGCCGAUGAGCCGCCUGCAGCUCAGCGGAGAUCUUCAGCACAUCAAGGAGGAGCCGCCACGUAUUCUCAUCGAGGUGUAUGACGACGACGCUCUGGGUAAAGCCGAGUAUCUGGGAGCCACGGUGGCGGUGCCUGAAAUCCGGCUAAACUCUGAACCCUACACGCCUCCAACCCUCCAGUACAGCCCGCUGCACUGCGGCAGCCAAUCAGGAGGAGACCUGCUGGCUGCUUUUGAACUUCUGCAGAUCCCAGAGUCUGGAGAGCAGAGUCUGCCGGCGUUGGAGGAACAAGAAGGAGGAAUCUACACAGUUCCUGCAAACAUCAGACCUGUUCUCAGCACCUACAGGCUCGAGGUGUUGUUCUGGGGUCUGAGGGAGCUGAAGAAGGUUCAGCUCCUGUCUGUUGAUCGCCCUCAGGUGUUUAUAGAGUGUGCAGGUAAAACUCUACGUUCGUCAGUCAUUCAGAAGUAUAAGUCCAACCCAAACUUCCCCAUGCUGGUGGACGCCAUAGAGCUGGAAUUACCAGAUAACGAGCUCCUCCAUCCUCCUCUCAGUAUCACUGCUGUGGACUGGAGGGCGUUCGGGCGCAGCACGUUGGUUGGAAACCACAUCAUCAACAACCUUAAGGCCUUCAAAUACGUCCCGCCCCCGGCCCUGCCUGGUCCGGUGCAGGUACCCAAACAACGCACGAUCUCGUACACACCGGAACUCCAUCUGGCGCCCGAGCCACAGCAAACAGAGGAAGCCUCUGCUGUCUCUCAUCCAAUAGGACCUUCCCAGCUCUCUGUAGAGCCUGGUUCCACUGUGCAGGAUAUCCUGAUCACUGUGGAGGAUGAAGCUCCGCCUCCAGCCCCGCGCACCCUGAAGAAAGAAGUAAAGAAAAAGGAUGGAAAGACAAAAAGCAGUCGACGCUCCACCAAGCGCAGGAAGCGGACAGUUGCAGACGAAUCAGCGGAAAGUGUCAUCGACUGGUGGUCCAAGUACUACGCGUCCGUGGAGAAAGAGUCCAAACAGAAGGAUGGAUCUCUAUUCCCCCAGGUGUUUGAAAAAGCUUCAGUGUUCGGCGGCUUGCUCAGCGAUGGAGUAGACUCUCUGGUCAGCCAAUCAGAUGCAGACAAGAAGAAGAAGCAGCAGAAAGGAAAAACAACGUUGGAUCCCAAACUUGGCGUUCCAGCUAAAUUAGCCACGCUAAAGCUGUUCAACAAAGAGCUGGAAGCCGAGUUUGGAGGUUUUGAUGAUUGGGUGAAAACGUACGACCUCUUCAGAGGGAAAGCCAAUGAGGAGGAGGGAUCGACUGAUGAGAGAUUCGUCGGCAAAUUUAAGGGGAAAUUCUGCCUCUACAAACUGACUGAGAGUGACGAUGAGGACUGGGAGGACGCCGCGGACUCUGGGCACUUAAGAGUCAACACCGGGAUCCCUCUAAACGGCCCGGUCCAAGUCCUGAUACGGGUUUACAUCGUCUCAGCGUCCAACCUGCACCCGGCUGACCCCGACGGGAAGGCUGACCCUUACAUCGUCCUUCGCCUCGGCAAGAACGAAAUCAAAGACCGAGACAACUACAUCCCAAAGCAGCUCAAUCCCGUGUUUGGAAGAUCAUUUGAGUUUCACGCCACCUUUCCGAAGGAGUCUCUGUUGUCGGUGGUGAUCUACGACUAUGACUUGGUGGGAGGGGACGACCUGAUCGGAGAGACUCGCAUCGACUUGGAGAACCGCUUCUACAGCCGCCACAGAGCGACCUGCGGACUCCCCAUGGAGUACAGCCUCGAUGGUUACAACGCCUGGAGAGACUGUCUGAAGCCCUCAGAGCUGCUGUCAAAGCUGUGCAUAGAGAACGGCGUGGACGGUCCUCAUUUCAGACCCGGACGCAUCACUCUGGCCGACAAAGUGUUUGCAGGGAAGACGCUCUUCAUGAAUGAAGACCAGCCGGUGGAGUCCUACGAACACUUGUCCCUGAAGAUCCUUCACCGCUGGUCAGAGAUUCCAGCUGUGGGGUGUAAACUGGUUCCUGAACACAUCGAGACCAGGACUCUUUUCAACAAGGCCCGGCCCGGCAUGGACCAGGGUCAGGUCCAGAUGUGGGUGGACAUGUUUCCCAUGGACUUACCUCAUCCGGGACCUUCUGUGGAUAUUUCACCCCGAAAACCAAAAGGGUACGAGCUGCGAAUCAUCAUCUGGAACACAGAAGAUGUGAUUCUGGAGGACAGCAACUUCCUGACCGGUCAACAGUCCAGCGACAUCUACAUCAAGGGCUGGUUGAAAGGUUUGGAGGACGACCGACAGGAGACCGACGUCCACUACAACUCUCUGACGGGAGAAGGAAACUUCAACUGGCGCUUUGUGUUCCCUUUCUUUUACAUGCCGGCUGAGAAGGUCGUGGUGGUGAGGAAGAGAGAGCAUAUUUUCUCUCUGGAUAAAACCGAGGAGAAGCUUCCUGCCAUCCUCAAUCUGCAGGUCUGGGACUUCGAGACGCUCUCCUCUGACGACUUCCUUGGCACGGUGGAGUUAGACCUGCACGGUUUCCCUCGUGGGGCAAAGACGGCCAAGGUGUGUAAGGUAGACAUGUUGACGGACGGGACGGAGAAAAUCUCCAUCUUCCAGCAGAAGAGAGCGAGAGGCUGGUGGCCCGUCAGCAAGUCUGGAGAGCUGACGGGGAAAGUGGAGGCGGAGUUUCAUCUUGUGACGGCUGAGGAGGCAGAAAAGAAUCCAGUUGGACGAGCGAGAAAGGAGCCGGAGCCGCUGCCGAAACCAAAUCGCCCAGACACGUCCUUCUCGUGGUUCGUCAAUCCAUUCAAGUGUUUCUUCCACCUCAUCUGGAAAAACUACAAGAAGUACAUCAUCAUCGGCCUGGUGCUGCUCAUCACAGCGCUGUUCCUCGCCCUGCUGUUCUACACACUGCCCGGCGCCAUUUCUCAGAAGAUAGUCAGCGGAUAACACACACACACAGACACACACACACACACACACAGACACACAGACACACACACACACACACACACACA